AUGGGUGGUUUUCAAGCACUAAUGAAUUUAGUAGUGCAACUGGAACUCGCUUUUUUGUUUGAAUCUGGUUGCAGGAUUGCAGUUGUUACAGGGGGAAACAAAAGGAUUGGAUUUGAGAUAUGCAGGCAAUUAGCUUCCAAUGGGAUAAGUGUUGUAUUAACUGCAAGGGAUGUGAAGAGGGGCAAUGAUGCUGUUGAGAAGCUCAACUCUUCUGGGCUUGCUGAUGUGAGUGAAAUUGCUAGUUCACAAAGCUUGAAAGAAAUUGUAAAGCAAACCUAUGAAUCAGAAGAGAAUUGUCUGAGAACAAACUACUAUAGAAGUAAGCAAGUGACGAAAGCUCUUAUUCCACUUUUUCAACAAUCCAAUUCAGCGAGGAUUGUGAAUCUUUCCUCCUCCUUAGCUCAGCUAAGGAUUCUUCAGAAUGAAGGAGCAAAGAGGGUUCUGGGGGAUGUUGGCAAUCUCACUGAAGAAAAAAUAGACAAGGUAGUGGAGGAGUUUCUAGGAGAUGUCAAAGAGAAUUUAGUGGAAAGAAAAGGCUGGCCUACUAAUUAUUCAGCUUGUAUUGUGUCCAAGGCAGCUCUUAACGCUUUUGGGAGGAUUUUAGCAAGGCAAUACCCCAGAAUUCUCAUCAACUCAGUUGAUCCUGGCUAUGUUAGCACUGAUGCUAACAACAAUACUGGCCCCAUGACUGUCGAAGAAGGCGCCAAAGGUCCUGUGAUGCUAGCGUUGAUGCAGGAUGGUGGGGCUUCUGGUCUGUUCUUUAAUCAGAUGGAAGUCUCAUCCUUCUUAUACAAAACAUGA